AUGCCGAAAGCCAUCACUUCCUCUGCAUUGACGAAAUAUGGCAAAAGGGACCAGCCCUAUGAUGAUGAAGAUGAGAAACGCCCAGGUGCCCCGAGGACACACCUACGGCAAUCUUUGGAGCUUGCAAAAAGACCAAACAGCGGUCUCGAAUUUUGCUGUGACAAUUAUUGUGGCUUUUACGUGGACAAAGAAAAGCUGACAGCAACGCUAGUAUCGGAGAAGUCUUUUAAGGCUUUCCAACGUAACUUGCAAUAUUACCAUAGCGCUGGAAAUGAUUGUUGCUUCAAUAAGGAGACCGCCGAAAGUUGCUAUAAAUUUAUCAGACCAUACGAUCCGUCCAACGAAAAAAUCUUCUUGAAUAUGUCAAAAAAGGAUCAAGGAAGCAAAUCAGUCAGCAAGGCUCCACGGAGCUCGGACAAUUCCGAAACAUUUGUGCCUGCUUCAUCUAUUAAAAGGUUUUCCGCGGGCUGUACUUUGAGAACGAGAAGCGCCAGCAAGAAGGACCGUCAAUAUCAACAUAAAAACUUAGUGAAACAGCUACUGAGGAAACCGUCCUUAGAAGUGCCAGACUCGGACAGCCAGAUGCACUCUACAUCCAACAGCCCAACAGACAGACCUGAACAUGGUAACAUAGGUCCGGAUGGUUUGCGUAGACCUAACGUAAUGGAAAUUCCUUACUUGAUUGGACAAACCGAACUUCCACCUGUCUCCUUCGCUAAUGUUCAGAGACCUGUUGAACGUAGUCUUGUUGGCCCAGUCCCUGCUAAGAUCGCACCUAGCAGACUCUCCAUCCCCAUCAGGAAGCAAGACAAGGAUAAUCCAUCUAGGCCAAGGCUUCUACAAGAGACACUCCCGCCGUUCGACUUAGGUAUCAAUGGAUACGGAUAUUUUCCCUGUCUAAUCGAUCCAUCAAUCACAGUCGCAAAGGGAACGAAAACCACCGAUGUCUUUGCAGAUGAGGCUAUCCCCGUUCGUGGCAGUGAUGGUGACGAAUAG